AGAAGAGACGUAUGUGACUGAUAUAAAGGCAGAAGAUAUAGAGGGAGAAGAAGAGACGUAUGUGACUGAUAUAAAGGCAGAAGAUAUAAAGGGAGAAGAGACGUAUGUGACUGAUAUGAAGGUAGAAGAUAUAGAGGGAGAAGAAGAGACGUAUGUGACUGAUAUAAAGGCAGAAGAUAUAGAGGGAGAAGAAGAGACGUAUGUGACUGAUGUAAAGGCAGAAGAUAUAGAGGGAGAAGAAGAGACGUAUGUGACUGAUAUAAAGGCAGAAGAAGAGACGUAUGUGAGGGGUGAUCAGCAGUGUAAGGAGGAGGAGAUCCCUACAGAUAUCAGCACAGAUGGACACACAAGCAGGAAUAUCUCAGAAGGACAUCUAAUGUUAUCCCCGGAUUGUGACAUAAAAGAUAAUGACAGUAGACAGGAAUCUCCGGGAGAUAACCCCAUUACCCCAAUUAUAUAUCCAGCUCUAUCAGCUGAUCCCUCUGAUCCUGGGAAAUGUUCUCCUGAUCACUCUGAUAUUGGUGCAUCUGUUACAGCUCUGACAGUAGAUACAGUGUUUCCCUGUUCUAUAGAUGCCAAAUGUUUUACAAAGAACACAAAGCUUAUUACCCAUCAGCCAGCUAAGGCAGGUGAGAGGCCACUGAUCUGUUCUGAGUGUGGAAAAUGUUUUACAUACAAAUCAGAUCUUGUUACGCAUCAGCAAAAUCACACAGGUAAGAAUCUAUUUUCUUGCCCUGAGUUCUCGAAAUGUUUUACACAGAAAUCAUAUAUUAUUACACAUCAGCGAAGUCACACUGGUGAGAAGCCUUUUCCAUGUUCUGAGUGUGGGAAAUGUUUUGCACACAAAUCAGUACUUGUUACACAUCAGAGAAGUCACACAGGUGAGAAGCCAUUUCCAUGUCCUGAGUGUGGGAAAUGUUUUAAUCAGAUCUCACAUCUUGUUAGACAUCAGCGAAGUCACACAGGUGAGAGGUCAUUUUCUUGCUCUGAGUGUGGGAAAUGUUUUACACAGAAAUCAAAACUUGUUCCACAUCAGCGAAGUCACACAGGUGAGAAACCAUUUCCAUGUUCUGAGUGUGGGAAAUGUUUUGCACUCAAAUCAGAUCUUGUUAGACAUAACAGAAAUCACACAGGUGAGAAGCCAUUUUCUUGCUCUGAGUGUGGGAAGUGUUUUACACAGAAAUCACAACUUAUUCCACAUCAGCGAAGUCACACAGGUGAGAAGCCAUUUCCAUGUUCUGAGUGUGGGAAAUGUUUUGCACAGAAAUCAGAUCUUAUUGUGCAUCAGAGAAGUCACACAGGUGAGAAGCCAUUUCCAUGUUUUGAGUGUGGGAAAUGUUUUGCACAGAAAUCAUAUCUUGUUAGCCAUAACAGAAUUCACACAGGUGAGAAGCCAUUUUCUUGCUCUGAGUGUGGGAAAUGUUUUACACAGAAAUCACAUCUUGUUACACAUCAGCAAAGUCACACAGGUGAGAGACCAUUUCCAUACUCUGAGAGAUAAGGUCUUGUUGCACACAAUAGACAUCACUCAGGUGAGGGACCAUAUUAGUCUUCUGGAGUAUACCUUUUUACAUAAUGUUACUGACUCUCCCAGCCCUACAUGACCAGGGUCCAUGGUACCAGAAGCAGCUUCUGCCUCCUUACUGACUUACUGUAGGCCCCUAUUACAUAAUCUUACUGACUCUCCCAGCCCGACAUGACCAGGGUCCAUGUACCAGAAGCAGCUUCUGCCUCCUUACUGACU